AAGAUCGGAUUACAAGAUGGCGGUCUGUGGACGGUAGCAAGAAGGCCGUUAGAGUUGUUGUGUUCUCUGUGAAUUUUACUGUUUGAUAAUAGGCCUCCUGUUGAGCUGUUUCACGUCGUGAGCGUAAUAUGUUGAUGAAAUAGCUACUGAUACAUAUCACUGUUACUGUGAACUUUACUCAGACGUGCAUGUUUUAUAACAUGCGGGUGGAAACAAAGUUAGCAGGUCGAGGGUAGAAAACAGCAGACGGGCUGAGCUGAUAGCUUGUUAGCAGCCUGCUAGCCCUGCUAGCUCCGACUCGGUUAACCAUGUCGGACACUCGGCGGCGAGUGAAAGUAUAUACGCUAAAUGAAGACCGACAGUGGGACGAUCGGGGCACCGGACAUGUUUCGUCUACGUUUGUUGAAAGGCUGAAGGGAAUAUCGUUAUUAGUUCGGGCCGAAUCGGACGGAUCUCUACUAUUGGAGUCGAAGAUAAGCCCGAAUACUGCAUAUCAGAAACAACAGGACACACUGAUUGUCUGGUCGGAAGCAGAUAAUUAUGACCUUGCCCUAAGUUUCCAGGAAAAGGCUGGCUGCGAUGAGAUCUGGGAGAAGAUUUGCCAGGUUCAAGGCAAGGACCCUGCCCUGGACAUCACCCAGGACCCCAUUGAUGAGUCGGAGGAGGAGCGCUUCGAGGAGAUUCCAGAGACAAGCCACCUGGUGGAGCUCCCCCCAUGCGAACUAAGCCGACUGGAGGAGAUCGCUGACCUGGUUACCUCUGUCCUGUCUUCGCCCAUCCGGAGGGAAAAACUUGCCUUGGCUCUCAUGAGCGAGGGCUACAUCAAGAAACUCCUGGGUCUCUUCAGAGUAUGUGAGGAUCUGGACAACAGGGAAGGUCUACAUCACCUCUACGAGAUUGUCCGGGGUGUCUUGUUCCUCAAUAAAGCCGCCCUCUUUGAGGUGAUGUUCUCAGAUGACUGUAUCAUGGAUGUGGUGGGCUGCCUUGAGUAUGACCCAGCACUGGUUCAGCCUAAACGGCACAGGGAAUUCUUGACCAAGACAGCAAAGUUUAAAGAGGUGAUCCCUAUCACGGACUCUGAGCUGCGGCAGAAGAUCCACCAGACCUACCGGGUGCAGUACAUCCAGGACAUCAUCCUGCCCACGCCAUCUGUUUUUGAGGAGAAUUUCCUGUCCACUCUCACCUCCUUCAUCUUCUUUAACAAGGUGGAGAUUGUCAGUAUGUUGCAGGAGGACGAGAAGUUCCUAACAGAGGUCUUUGCACAGCUCACAGACGAAGCCACAGAGGACAGUAAAAGGAGAGAGCUUGUGAACUUUGUCAAGGAAUUCUGUGCGUUUUCUCAAACGUUGCAGCCACAAAACAGGGACGCUUUCUUCAAAACUCUGGCAAAUCUAGGCAUUUUACCUGCUCUUGAAAUAGUCAUGGGAAUGGAUGACCUGCAGGUGAGGGCAGCAGCAACAGACAUCUUCUCUUACCUGGUGGAAUUCAGCCCCUCCAUGGUCAGGGAGUUUGUCAUGCAGGAACCACAGCAGACAGAUGACGAUGUUCUGCUGAUAAAUGUUGUUAUCAAGCAGAUGAUUUGUGACUCCGACCCAGAGCUGGGAGGGGCUGUCCAGCUGAUGGGUCUGCUCAGGACGCUCAUUGACCCUGAGAACAUGCUGGCUUCCAACAAUAAAACUGAGAAAACAGAAUUUCUGAGUUUCUUCUACAAGUACUGCAUGCACGUCCUAACUGCUCCUCUGCUGGCCAACACGGCACAUGACAAAAACUCAAAAGAUCUACAGGAGGGAUCAGCUAAGAUCAACCCGGUCUGUCCAGACAACUUCCAGACAGCUCAGCUUCUGGCACUGAUCCUGGAGCUCCUGACCUUCUGUGUGGAGCACCACACGUAUCACAUCAAGACCUACAUCAUGAACAAAGAUCUGCUCAGGAGAGUGUUGGUGCUCAUGAACUCAAAACACACCUUCCUUGCUCUUUGCGCCCUGCGGUUCAUGCGCAGGAUCAUUGGUCUGAAGGAUGAGUACUACAACCGCUACAUCAUCAAAGGGAACCUGUUUGAGCCUGUCAUUAAUGCCCUGCUGGACAACGGCACCCGAUACAACCUCCUUAACUCAGCCAUCAUAGAGCUCUUUGAGUUCAUUAAAGUGGAGGACAUAAAGUCUCUCAUAGCUCACAUUGUGGAUAACUUCUACAAAGCACUUGAAUCCAUUGAGUACGUCCAGACUUUCAAGGGCCUGAAAGGCCGGUACGAGCAGGAAAAAGACAGGCAGAGUCAAAGACUCAACAGAUAUCGCAGAGAUGCACGGUCGUUGGACGAGGACGAGGAGCUGUGGUUCAAUGACGAUGAUGACGACGAUGAUGGAGAGGCUGUGGAGAAGAGCCGAAUGGAGGAGGACUUCUCCGACAGCUACGGCAAGUACAUGGAAGCCAAAAAAGGAGCUGCCAACGGAGCGAACGGUGCCAACAAUAACGGGAAAGCUGCUGUAAUCCCACCUCCCUCACCAGCCGUCACUCCAAACAACAGUUCAACCUCCUCGGUCAAAACAGUUGCUCUUCCUGCCACACCAGUAGUAAAGACUGCUCUGGUUGGUUUGGUGGACUACCCUGACGAUGAGGAUGAGGAGGAAGAAGAUGAGGAGGAGGAAGAGCAGUCUCCAAGGAAGCGGCCCCGUCUGAGCUCUUAAGGCUGAUUGUCCUCUGUUUGGUCGAAGUGGAUGGACACUGAGUCCCUCCCAUCCUCCCUCCUCUGGUCUUCUCAUUGGUCCUUGGCCUGCCUGUGCCGCCUGUCAGUCUCACUGAGAAGACGGGCAAAGACGAGCUCCCAUCUCACCCUGUCCCCCCUGAUCUCUGCUCCUCUUCUCCCUCGGUGGUAGGAGAUGGAGAGCAUAUCUUUUUUGGAAAGAGACAAAUCUGUCUGUUCCUUCAGCCUGUUGAUUUUACCUCUUCCCUUUACCAACCGCCUCCUCUUAAGAGAUCCCAAAAUCUCUUUCUUCCCCGAGGAGAAACUCAUUUGCAAACACAUCCCUCCUCUUUCAUAACACUUCUCCUGCUCUCCCAGUUCUGACCUCCUCCUGAACAACUUUUCUCCUCUUCAUCCACCACCGUACACACCGACCAGAGAGGCUGCGGUAAAAGUAACGCUGCCAAGGCGGCUCCUAACUCUGCUAUGUUGCUAUAGCAACAAUGGCAAGGAUGCUGCGGUACUUCAGCCACCCCAAAGGAACCCUCACGUCCUCAAUUGAACUCUCCCUUUCCAUCCUUCCUCGAACCCGAACCAGUGAGCUCCAGAGACCGAGGAAGCCAGAACACAACCAGCCAGUGUAUGAACUGUUCAGCAGGCCAGUCAGGCUAGCAGGACUAGCCGUCAUAGUUAUAGAAAGCUUGACUGGCUGAAGCAGUGUGUGCCGCUCCUGCCGCAGAACUGUUCACUUUUGACGGGGAUAGAGGGAUCUAGGCAGCAUAGAAGAAUGAAAAGAUGAGGGAGGUCACAAAUGACACAAUGUACACGGAAGUAAACUCAGCAGCAAUGAGGCUUAGACCCAGAGGAGCAGGACUCAAACCUACAAAAGCCAUGGCGUCAGAUUAGCCAAGGCACACACAAAACACAAACGUCUCACACACAGGACUGCGUUAGCCAGAAAUCCUGUAUUUCAUGACUUUGUUAAAAAGUACUGUACAGAUGUUCUUUUUUUUCUUUUUAAUCAUUUUUUCCCUGAUCUGAUUUUCAAAGGGGGGAGAGAAGCCUACCUACCUGUGUAUUUUUGUUGUUGUUGCACAAAAGGUGGGGUCACUGUUCACCCUUUCAGUCCAGUUCAUUUGAUUCAAUGUAAAAUGCAGAGAAGUUGCAAAUGCUGGUUUUAAAAAAAAUAACGUAUUAAAACUGCAGUAAUUUUUGCAGCCAACAUUUUGAGGAUGUCUCGAGUUUUGUAUUGUAGUGGAAUUAAGAAUUUGGUGCCCUCGUUACAAUGCACACAUAGCCCAGGUGUUGUUCUUACUGGGUGACAAACCUGAGCUGCUGUUGUGCUUAGAGUAGAUUUAGUGCGCACUCUCGUUUCAAGAGGUUCAGGUCUUGGCACCCAUCUCUCCCAACAGAUCUCAGGUUCAGGAUUCAAUUUGCAUCAGAAACAAAACCUUGUCUGUGCACUGUAACACUGCAAGCUGAUGAAACAUCUCACAUUUAUUACUGAAUGAAGAAUGAUUCUAGUGAGCCACAAGAAGCUUGAGGUUGCAGUAGGUCUUUAUCCCAGUUUGAAGGUCCAGAAUUUUCAACACCGGUUGAAUCAGAAGUAUUAGUGUUGUUCCACAGAUUACAUCUAAUUUAAAGAUUUCUUUGGCCUGUGACAUAAAAACAAAUAUGAAUCGAAGGAAUUCUUUUUAGUUAAAUUCAAACCCCAUGAUUGGAUGAGCUGCUUUUUUAUUAGUUAACGAUAAUUUUACCCCAGAGUUGAUGCGGUGCAGUUUAAGAAUCAAACUGUUGUUUAAGUGCAGUAUUUCUGACACGGCACACAGGUUUGAUAAUGUCAGAAGGCAAUGACACAUUUUAUUGUCAGGUUGAAACAUUUUUUAUGUUGUAUCUUCUCUCCUGGUCCCACCACAAGCACACUGAGAAGCAGAUGAAGGGAAUCAAAAUUUGCAACAACAAAAAAAGCCAGAUCACACAGACUUCUCUGGAACUUCUGAGCAGCAGGCUAGGAGCACAAGUAAAAUGACUAUUGCCAAUGUGCUUUUCAGGAGUUCAGCAGUAUAUGAGCAGCGAAUUGUCUUUCCUCCUGUCUGUUAGCGUCACCCAACAAUAUGACUGUUUUUGCUCCCCCUUGAUGAAUUUGUACCAAGUGCAUUUACUACCACUAUCCAUUCUUAACAUUUGUAUGAAUUUAUUUGAUAAGUUUUGAAAUUAAAUGUGACCCUGACAUUGAA